AUGACGAGCAUGUCACCCACAAGUGCCGUCAACGGCCACUCGGGGCCCAACUCCAACCAGGGCAGCGUUUCGCCCCGGCAGACGGUGUCACCCAAGAACGUCGCAUUUGAACUCCUCUUCACAGAGUCACCACAAUACCGUGCGCGACUCCCUAUGCGAGUUCAAAUUUACCCUCACGACACCACUGACUCCAUUGUCACCACCGUCAAGAACUUUUACGGUCUGUACUCGGGGCCGACCGGCUCAAAGGGCGUCAGCUUCGAGGAUGACCAAGGCAUAACUCUCAUCGCCAGAUACGAGAACUUCCGCGACAACAUGGUUGUCUAUGUCAGAGUCAUUGAGGAACCCCCUUCUUCCACUAGCCCUUUUGUCCCGCCCUCUACUUACCAACAUGCUCCUGUCGGCGCUCCGCCACAUUAUGGGGCGGACGGCUACCCGACACUUCAGCCUCCGCAUCGCUUUGGCCAUGAAGUCUCCAGACCCUCAUCUAGGACCUCUCGGAAGCGCAGUCCGUCGCCCAAUGUCGGCCGCGGCCGACGCAGCGGCUCUGCCAAUACAACCUCCAAGAAGGGUCGAUCUCGCUCCUCCAAGAACAGAGAUACUGGCGCCAAUGGCCACGCCGACAUUUACAGUGACAGUGUCAAUGGUUACAGCAGCGGUGACGGAGCCCCUGGUUCUAGCUCUAGCAGGGUCAAGGAGCAGAUUGGCAACACCGAAAUCAGUGUCGAAAACAUUGUAGAGGGUGGCCGACGCAAGCGAGCCAAAUUCGAGAGCUCUAUGCCGGCGGCCACGUCGAACCCCUCCGUGUCCCCUGCUCGUCGCAGCGAACCUCAGCGAGCUUCUUUCCCCUUCGUGCAGCCGGGCCAGAACCCCUUCACGAAUCCCAUCCCUCUGCAGUCUCCGCAGAGCCACAAUAACGGAUACGGUCAUGGUGGGUACUAUGCGACGCCAUCUUCGGAGCGCCAUGCUCGUGGCAGCAUUGGGUACCCCGGACAGGGCAGUAACUAUGGUGGCAUGGGUGGAAUCCUGCCGACUCCGGACCCCACUGUUGGCAGUUGCAUGUCGGAGGAGGACAAGGAUGUGGCUAUCCAGCUUAUGCGUCUGGGUGAAAUGUCCAACAUUUCACACGGUCGCACUUCCGCUUCUACCCUCGACGAUACCUUCAGCGGUCGCGCCGAUGCCGCCUCGUCCACUGGAGCCACUAGUGACGGCGACAGCGAGAGCGAGGAAGAGUGCUCGGCUUCCCAGCGCCAGCAGCUGGAUGCUGCAGGCAUCAUGCGCAAGAUGUACCAGACCACGGAAAGCCACUUCAUCCCUCAGCCGAGCAUCGAGACGAGCGGUGAUGAUGCCGACAUGGAGGACGCUCCCGACGUCCCGGCCAACACGGAGCGCAAGCCCGAGGCUUUGAAGAACAAGACCAAUCUCCCGGACGCCAGGCCCAAGACCCAACUGCCCGGGUCCAAGCCCAAGCCCAAGGUCAGCAAGGUUCCCCGUCCCACCAUUGCCAAGCCCAAGAAAGCUUCCGCCACCGCGAGCAAUGGCCCCAUGUCACCUGCUUCCCUGCCUCCGUCGCGCAAGCCGUCAAUUGCUUCUGCUCCCACCGUCCCCGGUGCUCCUGGCGAAGAGGAGCAGCUGGAUCUCUCUGCCAAGCCUCGUUGCCAGCGAUGCCGCAAGAGCAAGAAGGGCUGCGACAGACAGCGGCCCUGCGGACGAUGCCGCGACGCCGGCCUCAGUGCCGAUCAGUGUAUCAGCGAGGACGAGGGCAAUGGUCGCAAGGGUCGCUAUGGCCGACACAUGGGUGUCCCCAUUAAGAAGGAGGACAUCACCAACCCCAUGCAACCCAUUCUCCUUCCAGCUGCGCCCAUCUCCACGACGGCCGCUGUCGCCGACAAGAACAAGAAGAGGAAACGGUAA